AUGUCCCAUCAUCACAGGUCAAAUGUCAAGCCCAAAAAGCCGUUUAAAUCUAAGCAUGCCUCCAAGUCAUCUCUAAAGGAGCGUUAUAGUAAUAACAUCGAACCGAAUAGGACUGGUCCAAAAAGUAUUCAACACACCUCUACUAAAGCAGAUCGACGAAACAAUGCUAAGCAAAUACAGCUGAAUAAAAGAAAUGAGACUGCUAUGAAUAAUCGGAUUUUUGGCGGCAAGAAUGGUGCUCCAAAGGUGGUUACUAUUGUACCUCUUUGCUCGAACGUUGAUCCGUGGAGUAUCCUUAAAAACUUGUUAGCUUCAGUGGAUCCUGAGGCUGAUCUUCCUUUAAUUGAAGAGAACUCCAAUCAAUAUUGCACGAUGAUAACUCGGUUCAAACAAAAGUUGCACUUUCUGAUACCCGGAAAGAACUUUUAUAGUCUCGUCGACGCUUGCAAAGCUUCAGAUUAUGUAGUUUUUGGUCUUUCUGCCACCCAAGAAGUUGAUGAAUUUGGUGAACUCGUAGUGAGAACAACUCAGUGCCAAGGAAUAUCUAGUGUCAUUUCAGUUGUCAACGAUAUGUCCAUCAUUGACAAUAUGAAAACACGUGGAGAAGUUAAGAAAUCCUUACAAAGUUUCAUGAACUUUUUUUUCUCUGAUCAAGACCGAGUUUUUGCCUCUGAUGUCUCACAGGAUGCUCUCAACGUUGUCCGUGCUCUGUGCACUUCUCAUCCUCGUGGUAUCUUUUGGCGUGAUUCUCGAGCCUACCUUUUAGCUCAAGACGUUGAGUACAAUGAAGGGAAGCUCUUUGUUAAAGGUAUAGUGCGUGGUAAAGGUUUAGAUCCGGAUUCCUUGGUUCAUAUUUCAGGUUUCGGUGAUUAUCAGAUAAAUUGCAUAUAUGAUGCUUCUGAUUCAAAACCGAAGUCUUCCGAUACAAUGGAAGAAGACAAAAAUGUGAACGAGGCUGGUUUAGUUGAACUUGCUGCUCCAACUGAAAACCAAGAGCAAAUAGAGACCCUUGCUCCAAAUGACUUUAAUAUGGAGAUGGAAAUGGAACCUGAGCAUCCACGAGGCGUCCGUCUUGAUGACUUUUACUAUUUGGAUGACGAGCAAGAACCCGUGCCGGUUCCUAAACGCGUCCCAAAGGGCACUUCUAGCUAUCAGGCUACUUGGAUUCCUGGUGUGGAUGAAGAAGAAGAACAAUAUAGUGAUGUUGAAGAUACAGAAUUACUUGUUGAAAAUGAAGGUGGUCCUGAAGAAGAGCAGCCGGUUAGUGAGCAGGCCGAAAGCGUAGCUGGUGAUGAUGAUGAUGCCAAGUCUGAAAUGUUUGUCGAACUAAAUGAAGAGGAAGAAACCCGACAAUAUGAAGAAUAUCGCCAAAAGAUGAAAGAGCAACAGGAGGAGCUCGAAUUUCCUGAUGAAUUAGAGAUAGAUCCUAAGGACUUAGCAAGAGAACGUUUGAAAAAAUACCGUGGUCUUCGUAGUUUCUUUUCCAGUCCUUGGGAUGCUGAGGAAUAUGAUCCAAGUGAGCCCCCCGAAUGGCGUCAAUUAUUCAAGCUUGAAAACUAUCGGAACCUAAAGAACAAGCUUUACAAGCAGCCGUUUAUUGGUGAAGCCAAGCCAGGAAAGCUUGUUGUUGUAGAGCUUCGAGAUGUACCUGUUUCUGUUUAUGAUUAUUAUAACCAGCCUAACAACAUGCUUGUGCUUUAUUCUUUGAUGGCAUAUGAGAAUAAAACAAGCGUAUCCCACUUUACGGUUACCAAGCACUCGGAGUAUGAAGAUCCUCUAGCUUCUAAAGAAGAAUUGAUUCUACAAGUUGGACCACGUCGCUUGUACGUGAGACCGUUGUAUUCCGACCCUCCUUCAUCGGGUGCAACAAAUAACCUACAAAAAUAUAACAAGUAUUUGCAACCUAAGGUACUUGCAUUGGGUACUCUCAUUGGCCCUAUAGUUUUCGGUGGUUUGCCGGUAACACUAUUCAAGCCUAUGCCUGAUGGUUCAUUACGUUUAGCUGCUACUGGUUCUUUCCUUAAGAGUGACACUUCUGCCGUAAUAGUUAAGCGUGCUGUUCUUACCGGCCAUCCAUUCAAAAUUAACAAAAAGAUUAUCACUAUUCGUUACAUGUUCUUCAACCCUGAAGAUGUUAUGUGGUUUAAACCUAUCCAGCUAUUUACCAAACAAGGUCGUACUGGAUUUAUUAAGGAGCCAUUGGGUACUCAUGGAUAUUUCAAGGCUACAUUUAACGGCAAACUUACUGUUCAAGAUACGGUUGCCAUGUCCUUGUACAAGCGAAUGUAUCCUGCACGAUCUCGUUUGCUCACUAUCAACGAGGAUAAUCUCCAGUAG